AGGAAAAUUAUCGAUGGGUUUAUACAGCCGUAAUUUUUAAAUUUUGUCUGGCUUUAAUUGAUUUUCAAGCAAAUGGUGAUGAAACAAUACGUACAACAUUCGCACCACAACAGUUUGAAAAUGAUGCUUUUGCUGCUUAUGAAGUUUUUCUUACAUCAGCUUGGAUAGGUUCAAAAGAACUAAAAGUUAGAAAUAUCUGCGUACAAGCUGUUGGUCGUCUUAUCUAUUUGUUUUCUGCACCAAAAUUUACCGAACAAUUUCCACGUUUAUUACAAAAUGUUCUUGGAUUUUAUCGAAAAAAUGUCGAUCAUUUAUAUGUUAGUGAAACAUUAAAUUCUGUUGUAUUUUUAGCAAAUCAAUGGAAUCUACCACAAUUAAAAGCUUCGAUGGAUAUAAUUUUAAAAGAAGUUUUAAAUGAAAUUCAAAUUAAUUAUGAAGCAUUUGAAAAUGGAAAUGAACAAGCUGUAAAAAAUCAAAAUGAAUUAUUAAGAAUAUUACAAAUACUUGGUAAACAUGCACCACAAACAAUAUGGCCAUGGUUAUUACAACGAAUGGAACAAGCAGGUUCAAAUGAUAAAUUACGUAUUGUAUUACUUGUUAUUUAUCGUCAUCUUGUCUAUGCAUUUGGUAAUGAUGCUCCAUCAACACCUUUUGAUUAUAAAUCAUUACUUGUAUCAAGUUUAAGACCAACAUUAAAUACAGCAACAUUAAAAAUAACAAAAUAUUUAUCACAAUUAAUUGUUGCAAUGGCAUGUCAUGGCUAUCUACAAUUAGAAGGAAGAACAUUUUUAAUUGAAUAUAUCAUUCGAAAUUGUACCUAUCCUAUAACAGCAAAUGAAGAUAGUAAAAUAGAUGUGUUAUCAUCACCUACAGCUGAUACUCGAAAAAUGUGUCGAAAUAUUUUAAAUGCUUUUAGUUCAACUAUUGAUGGAAUGGAUGAAGUCUUAUGGCCGUUAUUAAUGGAAUUUUUAGUUCCAGAAAAUUAUACGGGUGCAUUUGGAAUUAUUUGUAAAGCAUUAGCACAAGCUGGUCAACAACAAAUAGCAGCAAAAAAAGAUACAUUUUGGGUUGAUUUUGAUGUUUUAGUUAAUUUACCAAAACCAAAUGAAAUUAUUACACGAUGUUUCGUUCUUCUUGGUGAACCAUUAGCUGAAGAAACACGUGGUAUAUCAAUUCUUAAUUUUCUUCGUGUUGCUGUAACAGAACUUAAAACUGACUUACGAGAAUUAUGGGAAAAAGUUAUUCCACGAUUACUUCAAAGUUUAAAUAGUAAUGAUGAUGAUGAAUAUAAAAAAUUUGAUUCAUCAAAUUGGCAAGAUCUUAUACUUAAAUUUCUUUCGAAAACACUUGAUGUUGUUGAACGUGAAGAUUGGAUUAGUGACAUAGGUGCUUGUUUUGUUAAACAAUUACCUUUAUACACAAAAUUAGAACGUGAACGUGGUUUUGCUUAUAAAUGUAUUGGUAUUGUAUUACGUAAAUCAAAAAUAAAAGAAUUUGUUAGUCGUACACUUGAAUCAAUGACAACUGUGAUCAAUUUUCAACAUGAAAAUGAACGAAAUGGUUGGGCAGCUAUGUUUGGUUUAUGUUCAGCAACACAUCUCGAUAUAGUAUUACAAAGACUUGAAUUAUAUUUGAAAAUUACUGAUUCAAAAGGUUCCGGUUCAUCAUCAGGUGGAGGUGGUGGUUUAUUUGGUUUUCUUGGUUCAAAAACUGAUACAAGUUCUGAUUUAUCACGUGCAACAGCACUUUUAGCUUAUGCAUAUGUUUCAAUAUAUGCUCCACUUGAAUUAAUUGUUUCACGUUUAGAAACAAGUAUACUUACUAGUGCACUUAAAAUAGCUCGACAAAUAAGAGAAGAAACAGGAAAAUUAAUUGUUGCUAAAUCAUUUGUUAUUCUUGCACAAUCAAUGAACAAAGAACACUUAAAAACUGAUUUUGUUUUUGCAUCACGAAAUGAUCUUGUACAAGAAAUGGUGAAUUAUAUUGCACAAGAAACAAAUGUAAAAUUACAACCAUUAACAUUUAAUCAAUGUAUUAGAGCAUGUCAUGCAUUGAUUGUUCUUCAACCUGGACAAACACUUCCUGAAAAAUAUCAAUUAGCUCGAGCUGCUCUACAUUGGUACUGUUCGACUAAACUUGAUCUUUCAACAACUCAAAAAGAUGAAAUUUCUACAUCACUUAGCGCACUGAUCAUCGAAAUACUUAGUUUAGGAGAUUCACAUGAAACAUUUCCUAGUCUUGUUAAUCUUCUUGAACCCUUUUGUUUAUCUGUUCAAGGAAAUGAACGUGCUCGUGCAUUUGAUAUACUUAGUCAACUUAUUCAAUCAGAUGCUAUGAGUAAAUUGAAAGAACAGGUAUUUAAGA